AUGAAUAUUACAAGAAUUGCAUGUCAGCCUACAACUCCCUUGCUUACGGAUGAUGUUAAGUCUGCGACGACGAAAUUGAAGACGAACGAUGCGAAAGCGAUACCGGUAGGUAAGAAGGUGAUAGAUGGGAAAGAUGGGAAAGAUGGGAAGGGUGUUAAGGUGGUGAAGGACGAGAAAACUGGCGAGUCGAGUGUUGAUAAGAAGGGAAUUAAGACGUUCCGUUCUUGGAGUAACUUUGACAUCGUCAGGCCGAAGAAUGAUCACACUUAUGUGUAUCGUCGGUUCGAGAGCUCGCCGCAUAAACCACCGCACAUUGAAUGGAACCCCAAUGGGAAAGAACUCGCAAAGGGAUAUGUCUUCAUCACACCGCAAUCAAGCGGGGCGGAGAGGGGUCUUGUGCAAGCUGCUUCGUUCAUCAUGAAGCAGAACGCCGAGAUGAUAUAUGCUCAUGAUGAAACACCCUACGAUUCUGAGGGUCUUCGCGUACAGACAGUUCACAACGAGCAGUACCUUACACUCUGGCGCGGUGCGCGAAAAAUGAGCCAUGGAUUUGGAGAAGUCAUUGUCAUGAACAGCGAGUACGAAAAGACGGUUCUUCACCUCGAUGCGAUCAUCACCAAUAUGUACGGUCAAAAGUUCCUCAGCACGCUGGACUUUCACGAACAGGAGUUGACCACGCGAGGAACUAUUCUCGUGACGGCUUACAACACGACUAUGUAUAACCUCACGCAAAUGGGAGGUUCAGAACAUGGCUUCGUGACUGACUCUCUAUUCUUUGAGAUCGACAUCGAAACGCAGGAGAUUCUCUUCAGCUGGAGCGCCCUCGACCAUUUCUGGCCUGAAGACUCCAUGCUUCCACUUAUUUCAUCCUCUGGCUACGGCGGGCCGAAGAGUCCAUAUGACUUCUUCCACCUGAGCUCAAUACAGGCAGUCAACCACGAUUCAUUCCUCAUCAGCAGUCGAAACUUCUGGUCUGUGUAUCUGAUCUCACGCUCAAAUGGUAGGAUCCUUUGGGAGUUGAGAGGGAAUACCAAGGGAGGAGAUUUCGGCGCUUUACCGCACCAUGGCCGGUUCCGAUGGCAGAAUCACGUUCGUGCGCACAAUGUUACGUCGAGGGAGAUGAUUCUCAGUAUGUUUGACAAUCAUAACAGCCUAGAGGAUUUGGGAAAGACGUAUUCUCGUGGGCUGUUGCUGAAGUUGAAACUGCCGCCGAACCCGAAGGAGAAGCCAGAGGUUUUGCGUAUACUCUCACCAGAUCGUGCAAAGAUCUCACCUGAGUAUGGAAGUUACCAAUUAGGUCUCAGCAACGGAAACCAAUUCAUGAGCUGGGGCGCAGGCGGUGUCGUCCACGAAUAUGGACCUGACGACGGCCACGAUCUCCGCUGGCAAGCUCGCUUCGGCUACGACGAGACCAUCACCAGCUAUCGCGCCUUCAAAGACGUCUGGACCGGCACACCCUCCAAAUGGACCCCCGCCCUGGUCGUCGAAAAGCGCGAAGACACUGUUCUCGGCUUCGUGAGCUGGAACGGCGCAACCGACAUAGAAUCCUACAACAUCUACCUCGCGGAACCAGGCACAGCACUCAAACCGCUAGGAAAGGCUAAUGUUUUGGGAUUCGAGACUGGAUUCGAUCUUGGUGUUAAGAACAACGAGACGAAUUGCAUCAUGGUUGCUGCUGUGAGGAAGGGCCAGGAGAUUAGACAGUCGAAUGUUGGGUGUAUUCAGGGUAAGACGUUUGUUUCGACGUUUGUGGACUCGAGGGGCAAGGCGACGGGGGAUUCUGUUGUUGAGAAGACUACGAUGCAGAAGAUUAUGGGAUAUUUUUCAAUAAAUAUAGACUUAAUUGCUGCCCUUUUACUUUGUCUCUUCUGUUGCACUGGUUCUGACUUCACUACCAUGAGAUUCACGCACUCAGCACUACUGCUGGCGCUAUGCCAGCUUGCUUCAGCAUCGCCAUGCAAGCCUUCUUCAUCGGUCACUUCCAGUGCACCUACGAGCACCGAAACUGAGUCUGCAUCUUUCUCGAUCGAAACCUCGGCAGCGACCUCGGUGGAAACAGGCUCAUCCACCAUCUCGCAUGACACAACGUUGACUGCUUCUGAGACCGCAUCAGCCUCCGACUUGUCUGUCUCUACAACUUUGGUGUCAACCUUAAGUGCAGAGCCUACGACUACACUUGAUGCGACAACAGACUUGUCAACGACCUUGGGUGAGACUACGACCGCCGAGGCCUCAACAACAACAACAUCUGCCCCCGAAAUCCCAAGUAACCGAGUGCGCAAUCCCGGCUUCGAGGACACCUCGGUCGUCCCCUGGGAAGUCAUGUCCGGAACCCUAUCCCCAUCAUCCUCCGACCUCCACACCGGCAGUCAAUCCGGCUACUUCACCGGCUCCGCUCCAAUGAGCGCAAUGAUGGGCUCCAGACAAUUCAUCGACCCAACCUGGAUCACACCCGGCAAGAGCUACAAGUUCUCUGCCUGGGUAAAGAUAACAAGUACCAUCAACUGCGGUUAUCGCUUUGUAGCUUGUGGUCAUGGCACUGGAUCGGGCACAACAAGUUCAAUUGGGUUCAUCACGGAGACGGGGGGCUUUUCUUUGGCGAGUGUGACGUGUACUUGGACGCAGGCUCAGUGGGAAGCUGGACCGAGUGUGCAGAUUAGGAGUUCGUGCACAGGACUUUCUUUCUUUGUUGAUGAUGCGACUUUGGAGGAGGUUUAG